AUGGAACGUCGCCUGGACUUUACGUAUGAUAAAGUGAAUUACGCAGGUCUGCCAGAGUUCCUCCAACAGAUGAAGAAGGAAGGAAAACACAAUGUUGUGAUUCUGGACCCUUUCAUAACUAAGGAUGAAGAACCAGGCACUUACAGGCCUUAUGACCUUGGACAGGAAAUGGGAGUCUGGGUGAACAACUCCGAUGGUGUAACUCCUGCUGUUGGAAAGGCCUGGCCCCCUGGAGAAUCAGUGUUUCCUGACUAUACCAACCCCCGGACCAUUGAGUGGUGGACACAGAUGUGUCUGGAGUUUAAGGAUGUCCUUGACUACGAUGGGAUAUGGAUUGAUAUGAAUGAACCAUCCAAUUUCUUAAGAGGCCAGUAUCCUGGAUGCGCUGCUAAUGAUAUCAAUAACCCUCCUUAUGUUCCUAGCAUUUCUGAUCAUUCCCUGUCAGAAAAGACAUUGUGUCCUGACUCCAAGACUUACCUCGGGGAGCAUUAUAACACACACUCACUCUUUGGCUGGUCACAGACAGAACCAACUUUCAAUGCUGUCCAGCAGGCAACUGGAAAGCGAGCAUUUGUCUUGAGUCGGUCUACCUUCGUUGGCAGUGGGAAGCAUGGGGCUCACUGGCUGGGUGACAACUUCUCUCAGUGGAAGGACUUGCGCUAUUCAGUCAUUGGAAUUCUGGAAUUCAACCUCUUUGGCAUCCCCUAUAUCGGUGCUGAUAUCUGUGGAUUUAACUACAACACCACCUACGAACUCUGCUUGCGCUGGAUGCAACUUGGCUCUUUCUAUCCAUUUUCCAGGAACCACAAUGCAGAGGGAAAUAGUGAACAAGACCCAGCAGUGUUUGGAAAAGAGUUUGCCAAGAUAUCUCGUGAUACGCUUCGGAUCAGAUACUCUCUGCUGCCAUACUUAUACACCUUGUUCUUCGAGUCUCAUGUUCAUGGAAGCACAGUGGUGCGGUCCCUGAUGCACGAAUUUACCACUGACCAGCAAACUCAUGGAAUAGAUACUGCCUUCCUUUGGGGACCUGCUUUUAUGAUUGCUCCAGUUCUUGAAGAGGGAGCAAGAUCUGUAGAUGUAUACUUCCCUGAUGCAACCUGGUUUGACUACCACACCGGUCUUAAAGUUCCUAGUACCUGGAAGAAGAACUAUGCUACUGUAGCUGCACCAUUGAACAAGAUCCCUCUGUUCAUCCGUGGAGGCUACAUCCUGCCACAGCAGGCACCAGCCACAACCACUACUAAGAGGUAUUGUCACCUACAUCUGUCUCCAACCAACCAUGGUGUGAGUCAGACCCCCAGCCAGCCAGAAAAACAAUUAAAAGAAAAUGGAGAAGAGAGGCUAUCUGCAGCUUCUUGCUGCCAUUCCAGGCCAUAA